AUGGAGUCCCCCAAGAUCAAGAAUGAGAUGUACAAAAUGUUAACAGCAGCAGUUCUGCCAGAUUCAGCAAUGCAGGGCAACAUCAUUAUCAGAGAUUACAUACGGAAAAUGGCUCCCCACAGUACCAGAGAGCAGACACAAGGAACGAUUUUUCCCGCUCCGAAUUUUAACCCUAUUACGGAUGCCCAGUUGCUAAGAGGAGCCCUACAGGGAAUUAGUUGUGAAAAAGAUGUGUUGAUUGAUAUCCUAACGCAGCGUUGCAAUUCACAGCGGCUUAUGAUUGCCGAGGCGUACAGAGACAUGUAUGGCAGGGAUCUGAUCACGGACCUAAAAGAGAAUCUCUCUCACCACUUCAAAGAAGUCAUGGUUGGCUUGAUGUAUCCACCUGCCUCCUAUGAUGCCCACGAGCUCUGGCAUGCCUUGAAGGGAGUAGACACAGAAGAAAAAUGUCUAAUUGACAUAUUAGCCUCAAGAUCAAAUAUGGAGAUCUUCCAGAUGAAAGAAGCCUACUUAAUGCAAUAUAACAAUGAUCUUCAACAAGAUAUCGAUUCUGAGACUUCAGGUCACUUCAGAGAUACGCUCAUGAACCUUGCUCAGGGAACAAGGAUGGAAGGAUAUGCAGAUCCCUCUACAGCUGCUCAGGAUGCAAUGAUUCUAUGGGAAGCAUGUCAGCAGAAAACAGGCGAACACAAAAACAUGCUGCAAAUGAUUCUCUGCAACAGGAUGAAACAGAGGCUUUGGAUUUUCCAGGAGUUCCAAAAUAUCUCUGGGCAGGACAUAGUAGAUGCCAUUAACGAAUGUUAUGAUGGAUACUUUCAAGAAUUACUGGUUGCAAUAGUUCUCUGUGUUCGUGACAAGCCUUCCUACUUUGCUUACAGGCUUUACAAUGCAAUUCAUGACUUUGGGUUUCACAAUAAAACAGUUAUAAGGAUUCUCAUCGCCAGGAGUGAGAUUGACUUGAUGAAUAUACGACAGCGAUACAAAGAGAGAUAUGGGAAAUCACUCUUUCAUGACAUUAAACAUUUUGCUUCAGGGCAUUAUGAGAGUGCUUUACUUGCUAUCUGUGCUGGUGAUGCUGAAGAUUAUUAAGGAAGAAGAAGAUGAACUUUGAAGGCUGUAUAAAUCUAUUUUAAAUAGAAAUUGAAGUAAUACACAAUACAUUAACUGUAAGAGAUCCCUAUUCUACAUAAAAGAACAGAAAAAUCAGUGCUAUACAUUUGCUAAUAUUAAAUCUUUCUUGAAACAGGAAAAAAUGUUGGCAGGAACAUGGUUUUAUCCCUAGUUCUAGUUAAUAUUUUGUUUCUAUGGUUAAUAUAAAUUAAUGAAGCAAGCAGUAAAUUAAAUCCAUGUAAGCAUAUGUUUAUCAUUUAGUCUCGCAACAUCCCAAACAUUAGACAAUAGGCUCUGGAAGAACCUAUUCACUUCCACACUGGAAAGAAAAAACAUUUUGCUUUAUUUACUUUUAGCAGCAUGAUUUCUUCCUUUAAGUAAUUUUUUUCUUUUCUUUCCCACUUCUUAUACCUCAUAUUUUUAUGCUCUUGAACAUUAUUGUUUUACUUACUAUCAAAGUAAGCAUCUGCCCCAGACUAUUAUCACUCACUCACCAAAGAAUGCUUUUGUAUUCUCUUUCAUUUAUCCCACAUACUUAAUGGCAUUUCCCUUUUUCGGCCUGAAACAAAAGAAAAAAUUAGAAUCACGUAUCCCAAACCAUUCUUUAGUGCCAUGCACUGGAAACCCCUGGAAGACAAAGCAUUACAUAGCUUUGAGUGGAGAAGUUCCAGAGGAUUAAACUCUGAAAUUCCAUUUGCGCCUCUAUCAUUUUAAUCAUUAAUUGAAUAUUGACCUUCAGGGCACUGAGAUAUUUCCAGGAUGCCCCCGAUGGUGUAAUUCAGGAGCUGACUAGUAGUAGGUAACACUGCACCUCCAAAUGAGGCUGAAGGAUGCAGCACUCCUCAGAAUACCAGCAAACGCAGCCUGACAACAUCUGGUGACAACAACUCGUACCACAACGAGGAAAGGCGGCAGAGCCUGGCCUCGAGUCCUCGUCCCACAGGAAAAUGUGACACUGCUUUUAAAUACCCUGAGCCUAUUCAGUGCAGCCUAUCGACGAGACUUUCCAGCCUGUGUGUUUGUACCUUCUGUCAGUCUCUUAUGUAAACAGACAUAAGUAAGGGAAAAUGUGGUAAUAUUCACUAAAAUAACUGCCCUUUGUUUUUCUCCUGCAGCUACAAUGUUCCCAACUUGACACAGAGAUUAGAUUUUUUUAAAAUAGGUACCUUCUGCAACUAUAGCUCAGUACGACUCAAUAAAGUACUACUAUAAAAACCUUUGCUUUUGUGCUGUUUGCACCUGUCCCUUCCCUCAGUCUGUGAAAAUGUUAUUCUCAGUGUAUCUUGCUUUUUUGCAAAUACUGACUUUACGUUACAGAUCUAUUGGUUUACAAUAAACGUAAAAUUUCAGUUGAGUCCCUCGAGUUUGACAUAUUUCAAAAUAUUUCAGGUGGAUAACACAAUUAUUAAGCCAGAACUUUGGAAGGAACGGCUCUGAGAGGAAAAAUAAACUAAGAACAAAAAUUAGAAUGAGAUGAGCACUAUCCCAAUUUGUCAGCAUUA